CGUUUACCUCCUGAUCUGGCUGAGCCCAAACUGAAGGAAGAUGGAACGGUGAAGCAACGCUUCCCAAUGCUGGAGGUUCUUCAGUUAGACGACAACAAACUAUCCAGAGCCGAAGAUUUUGCCAGUCUGGCGACUCUUCCAAAGUUGCGCGUUCUGAAUGUGGCACACAAUCUCUUCCAAGGAAUACCUCUCCUAAGGUCUGCAACAUCCAUACGAGUGAGAAAACAAAGUUCACCGGAACGAUCGAUAGCUGUAGACAAAAAGGAUGCAGUGUUGAUGAGUGGCGCGCAAAGAAAACACAUCGAGCAAAACUCGGACUAUUCAUCAGCUGACCAAUCGGUUAUUGACUUACGCGGACCGACACGUCCACCAAUCAGUCUGUUUGCCUUACAGCCUUCGAUGCGGAAGCCUAUGGAUCAAAUACUCUUUAAUGCCGCUUCAGAACCCGUUGAAAAUCCAAAAGACCGUCUAGUGAUGGUGGCUGUAGAUUCGAAACAACAACAAAAGACUUUGAUUAAACAGCGCAGUCCCCUGGCCCCACGAGUUCGCAUAGUGGACGAAUUUAUUGGUCAUGCAGAUGUCCAACGCGUAUUCCGUAUACGCGAACGCUUGCUGGCUCAGCUGGGAGGAACUGUUUCACGGUUGGGGAAUCCUCGGAUAAUGGUGAAUCCUGUCUCCCCUAUCACUGGCAAAGGAGCGUCACAUUGGUACCGGACGGGUACCAAAUGGGUCGACGGAUCCAGGAAGAACCAGACGCCGUCCAAGACUUCACCAAAUUCUUCAACGAAGUCGGACAAUCCUCUUUGUAUGCCACCUUUUCCAGCACUUCAAUGCGUAGAUUUAUCUAACAACCAGAUUGCCUUCGAGGAGCGUCUUCUACCGGUGGCCACAUGGCUUGAACUCCGAGAACUGGUGCUAUUCAAUAAUCCUGUGGUGACCAGUCACACUGGAACACCACCUUUGUUGAGAAAGCUGCUGGUACAACGUCUGAAAAUUAAGCUGCACUGCACAGCCGAGAGUUCAAAUGACAGUGAUCCGACUGCAGUCAAAGAUGCUCACUCACUCAAUUCCGACGCUUCCUCGACCCCCAAAAGACCACCCGUCCUGUUGACCAAAGUUUCUGGACCGCACAGUACGAUGUCUUGUAAGCAAGGAUUGAGUGCGGUACAAAAAGGGAUAAGGCGAGAAAGCCAAACAAAGCGUCCCACGGUCAUUCAAGUCUCUGCGCCAAUGAGGUCCGAACCAAGUAAUCAAAGUUUGAAAGUGGUGCAGUGUGCUUUCAAACGAAUUGCCCAACAGUCCGUAACAACCCCUGAGUUGCAGCCAGACAGAAAAGCGCUCGAAAGUCCUGCCCUCAGCUCUGACACUCUGCGCUCCGAAAUCCAACUCCACCGGGGACACCUGCAGAAGGACAUCGUAGUCCCCCAUUCAACCUCUCCAUCCUCACAACGUUCUACAAAUGAGUCUCUUGGCGGCUGGGGUGACUCCGACAGUGUGACAGGUGAUCAACCCGGUCCUUCCAGAGCACAGCCAACCGAUUUCGUGGAUGACCAUCAGGAGCAUACCUGUAUUCAAAAACCUACUCCAGCCUUGGGAUCCAUUAUACCAGAACAGACAGAAUCAGACUCCAUUUUCCCCUAUCCAGGUCCGAUUCUCCCUGGAUUACCCUGGUUGGUAGAAGAGAAAAACCUACCCGAGUGUAAGUUGCCAAGCAUUCAGGUUUGUCUGGGUGAGCUCCGACAUUUGAAACAACGGCAGCCAAACCUCUGUCCGUCCAUUGGCGCAUCCGUCACAGAAUCGAUUAGACAUGACGCUGGAACGAAGAGCAUGCUGAAAGUAGCACAAUCUGUAUUGAGACCACCAAACGAAAAUUUGGCCAUGGAAAAGAAUGAGAAGCAGUUAGACCCUGAUUUGCGAGAAAAAAUCAUCCUUACAGGCACACUGCGAGCUCAUCCGCAAACGGUCUUGCCCUCUGCUUCAAGUUCCGCGACCGAACUCAAACCACUGAACUCCGUGGCUGUACGAAGCUCUCCACCGAAUGCCAUCAACACGACAAUCGAUCGAAGGGACACUAGAAAAUUGAACAGAAACAUUCGUGUUCUGGAUGAAGUCAAGAAGAUGGGUUGAUAUCGACCAACAGAGUUUUCACUGCCAAUCGUCAUGAGCUCUGACAACGUGGUAAACAGUCAUCAGUGGCAUUUCUGCAGCAAUCGAUUCGUUUGGACAUGCCCUCACGAAAACUUAUUUACCAGUCCCG